CCUCCCCGGAGGCGGGGCGGGCUCCGGGCGGCACCUCCCGCAGCGGGGCGGAGGCGGCUCUUUCGCUCGGUCGCCGCCGCCGCAGCAUGAGCGGGUCGGGGCUGCUGGGGCCCGGCGGCGGCUCGGGGUUGCCGCCGCUGCCCAAGAGCCUGAGCGGGCUGCUGAACUCCUCCUCCUCCGGCGGCGGCCAGGGCGGGCGCUGGCGGGACCUGGAGCGGCUCUACGCGCAGAAAUCCCGCAUCCAGGACGAGCUGAGCGGCGGCGGCCGAGGCUCGCCGCGGCCGCCCAAGCCUCCGAACCUGGACGCGGCGCUGGCCCUGCUCCGCAAGGAGAUGGUUGGCCUUCGGCAGCUAGAUAUGUCAUUACUGUGUCAACUGUACUCCCUGUAUGAGUCAAUUCAAGAAUAUAAAGGUGCAUGCCAAGCUGACUCUAAUGCAGACUGCACAUACGCUCUGGAAAAUGGUUUUUUUGAUGAAGAGGAGGAAUACUUCUAGGAACAAGAAGAUGCUUCUCCAGGAUGAUCUAGGUUCUUUUGUCCUUCUCUCCCUAUAAUGCUCAUUGCUAAGAAUGACUGGAAUCUAUAUGGAUCUCUCUUCUUGUGGAGAACACCCAGCAACCCCAAAUCAUGUUAAAUUCUUUUGCUUCUAACAGGCUGUCAGUGCAAGUUACCCAUGCAAAUACCACUUGAGGAAAGUGCUGUACUAUAACUUUUGGAGAGUCCUCAAACAUGUUUGACAAGAGUUUUCAAUUUAAUAUGCAAGAUGGGUGUUUUCAACUUACAAAUGUUGGUAGCUUAUAACUGGAAUUUUAAUCAUAGAAGACAGCAGUGACUUCCUGAGUUGUAAUAACUUCUUAAGGGGAGAGGGAAGCCUCCACUGUGGUGUAAAUAGCUAUAGGUGAUUUUUUUGUUUGUUUGUUUUUUUCCACAGUACUGAUAAAUGCUUUUUGAACAGGUAUGUGGAUGCAUUCACAUCCUCAGCUCUACUAAGCUAGUUUUGCUCUUAUCAGCUGCAUCCAGUUUUGUACUGGGUGGAUUGUUUACACAGUUUUAAAUAAUUUUUUUUUCCUUAAGCCGAUUUUUGACUUACUUUUCCUUUUUCCUAGCCUAAAAGCUCUACAUGGGAUAGUGAAUAUUGUCAGCAGCUUUUUUCUGUUGAUCUAAUUCACUUUCUUGGUACUGCCACUUGGCAUUAACUUUUAUACUAUUGUCUAGAUUUCUCGCAUAAACAUGGUUCUGUGACCUGCUAAAAUCUGUUCUAAAAUGAUUUCCUUAGCUUUUACUAUACCCAAUAGUAAAAGCACAGAUUCAAACAUAGUCUGUCUGCCACUGUGUGGCUUGGAAUAACAUGAACUCUUGUGCAAGUGUUCUCGAUCAUAUGAAGAAUAAGCAAAACCUCUCAUAUGAUAAAGUGGGACAAACUGCAAUAUUUUAUACUGGGUGAACUUUGUUUCUGUAAGGUAGACUACAUCUCUUUUAAAAAAUGCAAAAUAAGUAUUUUGAGCACAUAUUUUGCAUAUGUUAAAACUUUUUAUACCAACUUGUUCAUUGAAGUAUAACUUAUUUUUGUUUUCAGAACUUAUUAAAGCACUUGGUUAAGUUUUUAUUAUUUCAUAAUGUGUAUAUAUAAUGCUUAAUUAUCUUGGAAUAUAUGAGUUGCCAACUAUCUUAGUCUUCACCCUUCUAUAUUUUAAGUAAAAUCAGCUCCCAACACAUGAUUUUAAUUUCUUAAAUUUCAUACUAAAGAUUGCUCUAAAGCACAGUGCCUGAAACUUGACACAAGCUAAUAAUUAAGGGCUUAAAUCAUAAAGGGUUUUUGCAUGGUUCACAUCUGGCACACAUUCAGUUUACAGAAGGAAUUGGAGAUCAGAUUCUGGGGUAGCUCCUCUCUUAAUUUUCAGCAAAGGCUAGGAUGUUGCAGUGAUAAAAAGCAGAGAGUUCUAGGGUGGUGUUUUUGUGCAUUCUCUUUAAAAAACAGCUUAUUUUACUGGAAUUUAAGGGCAACAAGAGUAAAGAUUCUGUGCUGUAACUCUGUAUGUAAGUUCUUAAGCUAGUCUGUGACAAUGUUCGGAAUUUUUUUUUAUGUUAAAUUCUGAUCUAAUUACUUCGCUCAUCCAAAACUAAAAUGAAUGACAAAGUUAACACAGAUAAUCCAAAUGGCUAUACCUGUAUUUAAAUAAGUUGCCUGUGCUUAUGUGUAUAAAUAUAUAUACAACUGUGUGCUUUGACUUACGAAUGUAUCGGCUUUGAAUAUAAUUUGCUGUGCUUUUGGUAUUUAUAUGAGGCUUUUUCUAGUCUGUUGAAAUACUGCUAUUUUCUUGCUCUUUCCCAAAAAUAAAAAGCAUGAUGUUUAGCAUAA